UCCGUUACAUAAGUCAACAAUCAACCGAUCGGGUACUUACGGUUGCUGCUGGUGUGCUACGACGCCGUCGAGUGUUGUGUGCAAAAUCUUCCUCCCAUUUCCAUACGGUCGUCGAUGGAGUGUGUUUGUGUCUCUUCUGUGGGUAGCCGAUGGGUUUUAUUUACACUUUCCAUUAGCACAGUGCUCGAGGUCUUCGGCGAAGGUUUUGCAUCAUGAUGGAGUUAGAUUCUAGCUUUACUACUAUCGUAGUUUUCUCCCCAGUGUCGCCCCCGAUCGAUGUAAUAUCGUGACGGAUAUCGAACGGUGCUACGCAUAUCAUUGUACUUUCCCUCUGCGGGAGGCGAAAGAAGAAGGUGCCAAUGUUGGCUGGAAGUGAUGGGUCAUCGUGUUUUUCGCCCACCGGCCCCUUUAUCGGCGUUCUGCGUUCAUCGGCACGACUCGGUGCGACUCUCGUGAUGUUCCGGGGAAGAGGCUACGUCACGCCAAAGUAAACAUUCCGCCGUUUCACUGAAUUCGGAGGACCGCCAGCAGCAGCAGCCAACGUCACGAUGACGCCAGUCGUAAAAGGAACGGAUAGAGAACGAUAACAGCGAAACCAUCCCCCGGCACGUCGCAGUUCACUCCCAGAGUUCACCUCACCGGACACACAACGCGCGCACACACACACACGCACGGUUGCUCCCGGAGCUGGAACCUUUGUUGUUUGAGGCUGUCACUCGCAUAUCAUAUGGGACAUAAAUUAGUGCCCCUCCUCAUCCCAAAGUCCUGCUCCAAGAGUACGUGCAACACAGAAACAGCGUGUGCGAGACCAGUGGAAAACAACACUUCGAAAAACAGUGCAGUGACAAACUGAAUGAGUGGGGAAUACAGGAGCCGAAUAAUAAGCUAACAAUACGCAGGAAUUUUAAUCACAUACACACACACGCACCGGAAAUGACGAAUGUUCGUAAAAAAUCGACGCUAAUCCGCUCGCUAUAGGACGGCAUCAAAUCGGGUCGCUAAUAAGAGAAGAUCGGACGUAAAGUUUUUAAGAGAUAGCCAGAGUUGGUAGCGGGAGGGCGACCAGAAGGGAACAGUGGACAUUUGUUAACCGAUCGUCGCAACCGUUCCCCCAAAUACCACAAUAUACCACCACGUGGUGUGGUGCACGUGGUGCGUAAACCGAACAGGGCGAAAACAUGUUAAACAAAGCACAAAAGCUAGUGCUCGGAAUAGUGUUACUGGUGCUGGUCGAUAUUAUAUGGGUUUCGUCGAGCGAACUAACCAAGUUUCUGUACGAAAAUGAAAACUACGACAAACCGUUCUUCUGCACGUACUUCAAGGCGUCUAUGUUCACCAUAUACCUGAUAGUGCUCGGCCUGAUAGCACCGUGGAAGGAGAGCUGCAACCGCAAUGGGAAUUACUCGCUGAUGGACACAAUCGAGGAGGACGAAGGAUACUACGCUAAUGGAACGUCCAGUUUGAGUGACUCCUCAUUCGUUCCCAUCAAAACGGACGCCCAAGUGUCCGGCACGGAAAGCGAUGACUCCAGCAUACGCAGCGUACGGUUCAGCAAGGUGGCGGAAGUACGCGAAAUGUCUCCGCACGAAGCGUCCGAAGCGCUGAUGUCGCGGCUCUCGUACGCAGCCAGCCUCCGAGUUCAUCGACAAAAAUCACACCACAAAACGGCUCGAACGGCUUUACUGUUCUGUGUGCUGUGGUUUAUUGCCAACUACAUGUUCCAGCUGGCACUGGAGCCGAGUGAAACGGCAAUGGUAACGCUGCUCAGUUCUAGCUCGAGCUUUUUCACCCUCAUCCUUGCCGCCAUGUUCCCAUCGUCCUGUGGGGAUAAGUUUACCUUCUCGAAGUGUUUCGCCGUGCUGUUGAGCAUUUCCGGCGCGGUAAUGGUUUCGAUGUCGGAAAUCGAUCAGCCGAAAAUGUCACGCGGCAUCGUGCUCGCCCUGCUGAGUGCAUUCUUCUACGCGUCCUAUCUGGUGCUAGUCAAGCGCAAAAGCGACACGGAAGAAAAGAUCAGCAUUCCCCUGUUUUUUGGCUUUGUGGGGCUGUGGAAUUUGCUGCUGCUGUGGCCGCUGCUUUUUGUGCUAAACUUUUCCCAGCUCGAAGUGUUCGAGCUACCCUCCCGGCGACAGUUUAUUGUUCUGUUUCUGAACGGGCUCAUCGGCACGGUACUGUCCGAGGCACUGUGGCUAUGGGGCUGCUUUCUAACGUCAUCCCUUAUCGGCACGGUCGCCAUAUCGCUACAGAUACCGCUGGCGAUGCUGUUCGACAUGGUGCUGCACGGUAAAACCUACCCGCUACUGUUCUAUCUCGGCUCACUGCCCAUGUUCCUUUCGCUGGUGCUGGUGGCCUUUCUGGUGAAGUUUGAUGACUGUGAUCCGCUGCUAAAGUUCGGCAAGUUAAUGUACCGGCGGCUGUGGAACUGCCGGAAAGCGAACGUUGUACGAAUACCGGAUCUGGAGGAGCAGCACGAGUCCCUCAUCGACGGUAGUCAUGAAAACUAGAGCGGGAAUGAACCGUACGUGGCGUCUGUUUUGCUCUCGGGUUAGUUACACACAAACACAUCACAGUAGUUCUAUCCGGUGCUCAGCGGUUUUGUAUCGUUUCUCGGAUCACUAUCCUUUGGUCGGGGAUCAUCAGCACAGUGAUGCGCCACAGAAGUCGUCAUCAGCUUUUGGCCAUUUUAUUGGACUUUCAUAACUUUAACUGGCAGAGUGCAAUUCGCUAAGGAACAAGGCGUUCAACAGCGAUCGUUUUUUUUAGUCUAAUUUUGACGAUUCCUGAUCAAUUUCUCGUGAUUUUGUUUUAGUAGAAAUUUUUGGAGAUUAAUUUACAUCACCAAAGUGUUCUUGCUGAUACGAGGUGUAUUUUCGGGCCGUGCUUUCAUUCGUGAUGCGGUUUGAGCGGGCAAAGUGCUGCUUGAUAAUAGUAUUUAGAUUGCUCUCCUGCUAGAGCUCCCUGAAAGAGAUUGUAAUAAUUCAUUACUUUACACUUUGAUUCGUUGUAGAUCAACGUAAAAAGUGCGCAGAAAAGUGCGACAGUUUCCUGUGCUAAAAUUCAAAAUCAGUAUUUCUACCCCGUGUUUUCGCGUAGUAUUAUUAUCAUUCUUUUGUUUACAAAUCUUUAAAGUCAUACAAUCAGGAGUGUAUUUUUUUGUGCUAAGAAACUAUUGAUAAACCCAAUUGCUGUACGGAUCAUACUUACUCAGUUGAAAUUAUGUCUCGAAUAAUGAUGAUACAUAUAGUUUCACAUCUGCAGAAAGUGAGAGCAAACAAUGGUUCGAAAAGUGCUGCAUGCGGCACAUUAUCGCAAUUAGGCAUCGCAAAGCAAUAGGAAAAAGCAAGAACAAAUAAUUAUGCCCAAUGAUCGAUCUAAAAUCGUUGCAAAAGUAAAAGAGGUCAACCUGUUUUGGAGCUGCUGUGCGACGAAGUAUUACUUAAAAUGUAUCAUCACCAAUCAUCACCGAACGGUAGGAACUUACGCACACGGAUGGGAAGAGAGCACACACAGAGCAACUGCAACUAGGAAAGUGUCUUUCUUUUUUGUUUUGCUCGUAAGCGCAAUACACAAAUCUAGGGAUAUGUGUGAUAUGUCUACGUAUGUUGAACAAACCGUCAGUAGCGCACAACAACAACAACAACAAUGCACAUUUGAAACACACUUAGCAUUGUAGGAAUUGUAUGUCGGUGGCCACACCGACUCGUUCGAUGCGGGUGGUGCCAUCGAAUUCUGCCGGGAAUAGGAAAUGCAAGCAAACCCAGUGCCCAGUGGCUCAGUAGUAGUGGUAUUAGCAGUAGCGCAGUAGCAAUAGUAACAGUACUAGUAGCUAUUCUAUAUAGUGUAAUUUGAGUUUUUCAUUGUGAUAUAAACGUAGUGUAUACAUGAGGAAAUUAAGUAUUCGAUGCGGAUGCGCAUCGCCCGCACACAACUACUCCCAGUGCAGAGGAUGUAGCAAAAAAAAAUGGUGCAUUAAAAUAGGGCGAGAAAACCUAAAAGACUAAACACAUUGUUCACUGUAGAAGAAGCGCCUGUCUGUAAGCUGUGGAUGGACGUGUAUGUUAGUAUUAUUAGUUUUGAACGUUUCGAUCUGUUGCGGCCCUAUUCACAUUCUCGCACCCUGAUGGUCCUCUGUAUGUGUAGAAGAGUACUUUUGAUCACAUUUAGUUUAAGAGUCCCCCCCCCAUCCACAUGCGCGUAUAAGACAAGAUCGUGUACUACAACGGCGUCUCAAAAUUAUUAGCUUGCAAAGCAUAUUCGAAACACCAGCGCCAAAUAGCGGAGAUAGAGAGAGAGAGAAAGAGAUAGUACAGAAGCGUUACAUAUAUUUUUGUACAAUAUUUUUGCGCCCAAAAUUAGUGCAACACGACGACGACGGCGACGCGCCUUCGAUUGCAAAAACUGGUGCCCACAGUGUCACCCCGAUUGUUCCGGACCACCACCUAACAACCCCGAUCGAGGCUAACGUAUUCACUUAUUAAACUAAAGCACAAACUAGCUUCACCAGCAUCACCAGCACCCUAACACCCUCUUUCCACCCUUUUCAUGUUGUCUACUACUAACUAAACUGUGUUCUACAAAAAAAAACCUACAACAAACAAACACUCAAACGUACUAAAAGACUCCGUAGCAAAAGUUGACAGUUUCUGUCGUUUGGAGUUUACUCUUUUUUGCAUAAACACACCACCAUAGCGAAUUGUUGUAGAGAGCAAGAGAACAGAAGGGAGAGAUGCAAUAGAUACAAUAGAAAAGGAAAAUACUUACCACAAACUUUCUACACAGUAUGUAUGAAUGUGUGUGUGUGUAUAUAUUAUAUUGAUGCGAUAAAGUACACAUUUCGCAAAACAAACAAAUACAAAAAAAGAAGAAAAAUUAAAGACAAACUGUUUGCAAUGAAGAAAGUGGGAAAGCGAACGAGAUAAAAGAGGUGUUAAAAGUAAAAUGCAUUCCUUGUGGUAGGAUAGGUUUUUUGUACAAUUUAUAUGUGAUACAUACUGUGGUAUGUGUUGUAAGAGCUCGGCUUUAUUCCGCUCCUUGCUAGAGCGCGGUAUAAUCUGACAACGAUGACAGAUAGUCAGAACACAUACAGAACGGAGUGAAGCCAGAUCGUGUAUUACAGCAAGCUACCCACCACAAAUUGGCGACGAGGACAGGAUUAAUUUUCUUUAUUCCUAUUUGCAACACGAGAUUGAAGCAUUUGAAUUGAAAUAAAAUAGGGUAAGUUAUCAGAGAAGGACGAAAGAAAUGGGGAAAAGAAAGAUUAAGAGCAGAAAUGAAAUAAAGCGUUGAAAGCAUCAUAGUGUUAGUGCUGGCUUGGGUUAUGCGGAGUACAAAGGAAGACAAAAGGAUAAGUGAAUGCUCUGUGUCGAGAAAACAGAAUGGCCGCCUCGGGGAAAAAAACAAAAGAGAUGUGUAGAAAGAGCUGUGUCAAGCAAACAGCAGUGAAGCGUUAUGGAAGCGAAAGGCAAAAUUAUAAGAUCUAUAAAAAGCGCUGUGUCUUGAAAACAGCAAGGCCGCGUCUUGCAAGCGGAUGAAAUAAUUGAAGAUGCCUUUAAUGAGCCGCGUCUGGAAGCGGUAGUGGAAAAUGAAGAAGAGGAAGAAAGAGAAUCAAAUAAGUACGCGUCUAGAGAGCGGAAAAAAAAGCGAAGAAAAGGAAGGAAGAGAAUUUAAUAAAUGCGCGUCUAGAGAGCGAGGAAAAAAAGGAAAUACUCGAUAUUAAUAGUUAUGACUCGGGAAAGAGUCAUGAAUCUGUCAUGAAAUAGUGAACUAAUUGAAUACUUGAUCGUAUUCACAACCUGCUUCAUUUCAGGGAAUCAGCGAUGGAACCAAACAAAUUAUUUGGGAAUUUACCACCACUGUCGUUAGCAGGCGUUCCCCUAACCGAGCGGCGAACAAAAUGGACGACGUGGAAACGGGGGUUCGAAAUUUGGUUGCGUACGGCGAAGAUAGUGGACGGAACGGAGAAAAAGAAUUUACUUUUAACUUGUGGUUCUCUCGAGCUGCAAGAAAUAUUUUUCAGCAUUCCAGAUGCAGAUGUAGAGGCGGACGUAGACCAGGGCGUAGACCCAUACGAGAUUGCUAUUCUUAAAUUGGAUGAAUAUUUCGCUCCACAAAGACACGAAGCACACGAGAGAUUUUUGUUUUGGUCAAUGAAACCGGAGCCGGAAGAAACGCUAGAGAAAUUUGUAAUGCGUGCCCAAGCUCAUGGCUCCAAGUGCAAUUUCGGGGCAACUGCGGCAGAGAGUGCAGGGAUUGCAAUCAUUGACAAAGUGCUUCAGUUUGUACCGGCAAAUUUGCGAGUCAAACUUCUGCAAGAAAAAAACUUGUCUCUGGACGAAGUCAUUAAACAAAUAAAUUCGUAUGAAACAUCCCGAGUUGCCAACGAACAAAUGAGCGGUAGGAGCAAAUCUUUUGAAAUAGAUAACCAACACAUCCAUCAUAUAAAAACAUUGUGUCGAUUCUGUGGUCGUACCCAUGGGCAACAAUCUUGCCCGGCACGAGACAAAACGUGCGCAAAAUGUGGCAAGCGAGGUCAUUUCGCUGUUGUAUGCUACUCAAAUGCUGGACAAACUUCAAAUAGACUACAUACGAAUCAAAGAAUGCAAAAGAGGCCGUUCGGAGGGCACUUUAAUGAUUCGGAACUAAAUAAGAAAACGGCAAAGUUUGCAAGGAAAAUUCACGCAAUCCAGGAUGACGGAAAUGAACCUCUUGAGUGUGAAUUAGUGGAGAUGGUAUCUUCGGCAAACGAUUCAGACGAAUUGAUCUGGGCGAAAGUAGGCGGUAUCCUUAUCGAGAUGCAAAUUGAUUCUGGAGUCCAAUCGAAUAUCAUAGACGAUAGAACGUGGGCGUCAAUGAGGAAUAACCAAGUCAAGAUCAUUGGCGAGGCACGGAGUCCGGAUCGGAAGUUCAAGGCAUACGCUCAGACCGAUUGUUUAGAAAUAAUUACGAUGUUUGAGGCGGAAAUAGCUAUUGCGGACGGGUUGAAAGAACUCCGUACAAUUUCCAAAUUUUACGUAGUUAAAAAUGGUCCACAACCACUUUUGGGAAAAAUCACCGCAAAACAGCUUGGAGUAUUAUAUGUUGGAUUACCUAGCCAGCAUGAAUCAAUCAACCAGGUUGAAACAUUUCGCGCGUUCCCCUCAAUUCGUGGAGUCAGCAUCCACAUUCCAAUUGAUAAGACGGUGACACCCGUAGCUCAGCGACUCCGACGAUUGCCUUUGCCCAUGCUAGAUAAAGUUGAUAGUAAACUAAACGAGUUGGUCGCUAAAGACAUAAUAGAGAAAGUAUCGGAACCGAGCAGCUGGGUUUCACCCAUGGUGAUAGUUGUAAAAGAUUGUGGAAGUAUUCGGCUUUGCAUAGACAUGCGGCAAGUUAAUAAAGCAAUUUUGCGAGAAACGCAUCCACUACCAACCAUAGAAGACAUACGUUGGAGAAUGAAUGGUGCUAAAUACUUUUCUCGCCUUGACAUAAAGGAUGCUUUUCAUCAACUACUGCUCGAUGAAGAAAGUAAAACUCUCACAACUUUUAUCACCCACCGUGGACUUUAUCGUUAUAAACGAAUGAUGUUUGGGAUUUCAUGCGCUCCAGAGAAAUUCCAAAAAAUAUUGGAACAAGUUUUGGCCGACUGUCCAAACACAGUCAAUUUUAUCGACGAUAUCAUAGUUACGGGAAAAACUGAGACCGAACACGAUUUAGCACUAGAGAAAGUGAUGGAAAAGAUUGAGGAAUAUGGCAUUUUACUUAAUCAAUCUAAGUGCGUUUUCAAACUCACAGAAAUCGAAUUCGUUGGCCAACGUUUUAACCAGAACGGAAUGCUCCCUGCACUAAACAAAAUUGAAGCAAUAAGAAGCUUUCGGCCACCCAAAAAUUGUGAAGAGGUUCGGAGUUUUCUGGGAUUAAUUACUUACGUGGGAACGUUCAUUCCAAACUUAGCCACAGUUUCAUUCCCACUACGCGAAUUAACAAAGAACAACGCCGAAUUCGUUUGGGAGCGAGACCAGAACAAAGCAUUUAACGAACUGAUCCGGUUAGUUUCUAACGUCGAAAGAUUAGCCCAUUUUGAUCCUCAUCUAAAAACCCGAGUAGUGGCAGAUGCGUCCCCAGUAGGGUUAGGAGCCGUCCUCCUUCAGUUCCAGAACGAGCAGCCUAAAGUAAUAGCUUAUGCCAGCAAGAGCCUAACGAGUACCGAGCAACGGUAUGCACAAACAGAAAAGGAGGCACUAGCGUUAGUAUGGGCCGUGGAACGGUUCCAAAUCUAUCUAUUCGGAAUACGAUUCGAGCUGGAAACGGACCAUAAACCUCUAGAGGCUAUCUUUAGCCCCACAUCUUCUCCUUGUUUGCGGAUUGAGCGUUGGGUCUUAAGGCUGCAGGCUUUUAGCUAUGAUGUAAUUUAUCGGAAAGGAAAAACGAAUAUAGCUGAUCCUCUGUCUCGGUUGUCAAGUCCUACUGAAGUAUCAGAAUUUGAUCCAGAUUCUACAGUAUAUAUCCGCAGCGUGAUGGAAAAUGCUGCAAUCGAUGUGCAAGAGGUAGAGAUUGCUUCUUCGAAUGAUGCCGAAAUGCGGGCUCUUAAGGAGUGUUUGGAAAGAGGUGCGUGGAAUUAUACAGAUGAACUACUGAAACCUUACCAAGCAUUUCGAUUGGAACUCGGAACAGUUGGAGACCUAGUAGUCCGCGGUAGCAAACUAGUAAUACCGAAAGCUAUCCGGCAAAGAAUGCUAGAACUGGCACACGAAGGGCAUCCUGGACGCACUAAAAUGCAACAACGACUGCGAUGUACUUGCUGGUGGCCAGGAAUGGAUGAAGCUAUUGCUCGACUGGUUAGCAGCUGCUCAGGCUGCCAAUUGGUCAGCCAACCAGAUAAACCGGAGCCCAUGAAGCGAAGGCCACUACCACAUAAGCCUUGGGUAGAUGUAGCAAUCGAUUUUUUGGGCCCACUACCAACUGGUGAUUAUCUACUAGUAAUCAUUGAUUACUUCAGUCGGUACAAAGAGGUCGAAAUUGUUAAGAAAAUUACAGCGAUUGAAACAUCUGAACGACUUGAACGAAUAUUUGUGCGUCUUGGCUAUCCGAGAACCAUAACACUCGACAAUGGAAGGCAAUUUGUGAGCAAUUAUUUUGACAACUAUUGCAAACAGCGAGGAAUAUUGCUUAACAAGACAACCCCAUAUUGGCCGCAAGAAAAUGGUCUGGUUGAACGCCAGAACAGGUCUUUGCUAAAAAGGCUGAAGAUAAGCCAGGCUCAGAACGGGGAUUGGAAAAAAGAUUUGGGGGCGUAUCUCUCCAUGUACUACGCCACUCCACACAGCACCACAGGGAAAACACCGAGUGAGUUGAUGUUCAACCGAAAUAUCCGGACAAAAAUACCAUCAUUGGGAGACAUCAGUACCGGAUCUGCAUUACCAAUGUCUGAUUACAGGGAUAGAGACACAUGUAUGAAGGAAAAGGGAAGAGUGACAGAAGAUCAACGACGCAAAGCAAAACCGUCUGAUAUAAUAGUAGGAGAUAGAGUCCUAUUGAGGAAUACAAUGCCAGGCAACAAACUGAGUACACCCUUUGGACCACAGAUUGCAAAAGUAAUUGAGAAGCAAGGUUCUCGCGUAACAGUACAGGAUGAGCAAAACGGGAAAUUAUAUGACAGGAAUUCGAGCCACCUAAAAGAGUACAAGGACCCAGACGAUCAUAGGGAUGGUUGUGAGAGGGUGGUGGAUAACCAGGAGGAAGGAGUAGGUUUUAAUGAACCAACGACCGAAGAGAUACCGAGAACACUCUCCCGUCCGAAACGAGAAAUUAAACGUCCCGCUAGGUUCCUAUCAUAGAGUAAGAGAUUGGGUGAAAUAAUCAGAUGAAAUCAAAUAGUAAAUAAAUAAUUUGGGGAAUUGUA